AUGGAGGGAUCUCCAUACCUGAGUGAAGAUCUGUUUGUUGAAAUCCUUGCAAGAUUGCCGGUACAAUCCUUGCUCCGUCUUAGGACCGUAUCCAAAUCAUGGAAGACCAUCAUAGCCGGCCCCAAAUUCUGUUCAUUCCACCUCUCCACAAACCGCCACUCCUCCAAAAUCUUGCUCGCCGCAAAAUACCCUAAGCAGGUCUCGGGACGUACUUAUCCCGUAGAGCGGUACUUGUUGCUUGACAACCAUCACCAUCGCCCUGCCGACUCUUCCUGUUUGUCACCUCUCGAUUUCCCCUUCCAAUACCCACUCUUCACCUCUCCCCAUAUAGUGGCCUCCAUCAACGGCUUGAUAUGCGUGUCUGUACGUGCGGCUAAUAAGGUGCAACCCAACAUACCCUUCAUGCUAUGGAACCCUACCAUCCGGAGGCACGUCUGCCUACCGGAAAUCACCUUGACGAAACCAAAUUACUCGUACACCGAGUUUGGAUACGACCCCACCACAGACGACUACAAAAUCGUGGUCCUUACAGCUGGCAUCCCAGAGUUCAACGUCUAUUCCUUGAACUCAAACGCGUGGCGCAGAGGUUUCCUCGACCACCGAAUAAGGCUAUUUAGUAGCACGGGCGCUUUCGCAGGAGGCAAGAUGCACUGGCUCGUCUUCAAAGAUUUUCAGAACAACACAGACUACUGGCUUUACUCAUUCGACGUGGCGACUGAGGUUUUUGCAGAGGUGGCCUUACCGCCAAAGGAUCGUGCAGACACGUUUAUUUAUCCACAUGUUGUAACUGUACUGGGGGAUUCGUUGGUUGUGGGACAGGCCUUGAAGUCGAAGCACGUGAUGUUCGGCAUGACUUGGACCAUUUGGGAGCAGAUAGGCGCCGGCGGCUGGAAGAAAUUGUACAGAGUCGAGGACCCCAUGGCUGCGUUUGUGUGUGUUUUGAAGAAUGAGGAGUGGGUGAUGGACAAGAUCUAUUUUGGGUGCUCUGAUCAUGGCUUAGCUGCAUAUGAGCCGAAGGCUAGUGAGUUUAAGUUGUUGGAGCCCUUGUCUAGUUUCCCUCAACAACGGAAAUUCGGGGAUGUGGCGUCUCUCAAUGAUCACCAACAGAGUCUCGUCCUCCUCGACUGCACGCCGCUUGGUGACCCACACACUUGUUGGUCUUGGUCAUCUUGCCAAGUUCAAAUCAAAAGGAAGACACCCUCGGCCCUCGGCAGAAACUAA